AUGACUCUGUUGAAAAAGGUUUGGCUGCAUUUGAACACGUUUUCAGGUCCAUUACCGGACUUUUCGAGUUUUACAGACUUGCGGAGCUUGAGUUUGAGAGAUAAUUUGUUUACUGGUCCUGUUCCAGUGUCAUUGGUAAGCCUUAAGUCACUAGAGGUUGUGAAUUUGACAAACAAUUUGCUUCAAGGACCAAUGCCAGCUUUUGUUCCGGGGGUUGGGGUAGAUUUGGUUAAGGGUUCUAAUAACUUUUGCUUACCGAGUCCUGGUGAAUGUGACCAUCGAGUGAAUAUGUUGCUUUCAAUUAAAAUGGGUCUUGCUGGAACGAUUUCUCCCGAAAUCGUGUCAAUAAGGUCCUUGCAAAGAGUAGUUCUUGCUGAUAACAAUUUAACUGGAACGAUUCCAGCGGAGCUUGCCACGCUGCCUGCACUCACGAUAUUUGAUGUGUCAAACAAUUACCUCUAUAGGAAAACCCCAACCUUUAAGGAUAAGGUGCUUGUAAUGUUUGGUAACCCUGAUAUAGGGAAGGAAAAAAGUACUUCAGCUGGACCGUCUCAAAAUUCCACCAACCCUUCUACAAGUAUAGGUUCUGGAAACAGUUCUAAACCUCAUGGAAAGAAAUCUUCUACUCUAAUAGGAGUCAUUGUGUUCUCUGUAAUCGGGGGUGUUUUUGUGAUUCUAUUAAUUGUACUGUUGCUUAUCUGCUUUAGUGUUAGUGUUGAUGCACUGAGUGAAGCUCAUACUCUUCCCAACAGUGAGCCCAAUGAAAUCCAAAUGGUUGAGGCAGGAAACAUGGUGAUUUCUAUUCAAGUGCUCCGGAACGUGACAAACAAUUUCAGUCAGGAAAAUAUAUUGGGGCAAAGAGGUUUUGGGACAGUGUAUAAAGGGGAACGGCACGAUGGAACAAAUAUUGCUGUUAAGAGAAUUGAGGCUGGGGAAAUAGUAGGAAAGGGGCUUUUCGAAUUUAAGUCUGAGAUUUCUAUUUUGACAAAGAGUUUUAUACAUAGAGACUUAAAGCCUUCAAAUAUUCUUCUUGGAGAUGAUAUGCGAGCUAAGGUUGCAGAUUUUGGUCUUAUGCGGCUUGCUCCAGAAGGUAAAGGUUCAAUUGAAACAAGGAUUGUAGGGACUUUUGGAUACCUAGCACCAGAAUACGCAGGGUUCUUGGAUAUUGAGAUUGCAGAUGUGUUAUCACACUGUACUGUAGAGAGGUUGCAUCAACUUGUAACUCUCCAAAAUCUUCCAGAACAAAUCUGA